AUGGCAUCUUGUUCCUCUUUCGAUGACACAAAGAGGGUAUUUGAUUCCAUGAAGAGAAGGAAUCUUUUCUCUUGGACGGUGAUGCUAACGGGAUAUGCCCGAACUGGGGAUCUGGAGGGCAUGAACGCUUUGUUUGGUGCUAUGCCCGAGAGGAAUCUGAUGUCAUGGACGGUUGCGAUUAGUGGGUUUGGUUCCAAUGGCAAGAUCCAGCAAGCAAAGAGUCUGUUCGACUCGAUGCUAGAGUGGAAUCUUGUCGCCAUGAAUGCGAUGCUCGCGGCAUUUGUCCAGGAGGGCUAUCUCCAAGAGGCCAAAUCCUUUUUCGAUUGGAUGCCUGAGACGAAUCUAAUUUCCUCGACAACGUUGCUGCGAGCUUACGCUCAGGAAUCACAAAUCCUCGAGGCAAAGCGCUUGUUUGAUUCAAUGCCGGAGAAGAAUCUCGUCACCUGGACGACGAUGGUAGCGGCAUUUCGCCAGGAUCCUCUUCUUCUGAGUGAAACGAGAGAUCUCUUUGAUCGGAUGCCGGAGCACAACAUUGUAUCACGGACAGUGAUGCUGAUGUCAUACGGUCGCGCUGGCCACGUCACUCAAGCACAAGGCAUCUUUCAUCAAAUGCCUGGACGAGACCUGACAGCGUGGAAUGCCAUGCUGGUAGCAUUUGCCCAAGAUGGGGCUAACCAGAGAGAUGUAACAACCUGGAACACCGUUCUUUCUGCAUUUGCCCGUGAUGGAAAUCUGCAAGAAGCUGAAAAAGUCUUCCAAUCGAUGCCGGAGCGCGAUCUCGUGAGCUGGAAUUCAGUGCUGGUGGCAUAUGCGGGGCAAGGCAAGCCAGCCCAAGCGAUCGGAUUCUUCUACGAGCUUCAGCAACAGUGGAUUCCCAGCGCAAUCAGCGUUGUUUGCUUCUUGGUUGCCUGCGGCCGGGUGGGGAACUGCGCACUGGGCAUCUCUUGCUUCAGAUCCAUGACACGGGACUUCGGAUUGGAGGCAACCAAGCAGCACUACAGCUGCGUGAUCGAUCUCCUGUGCCGGGCAGUCGUUUUGGCGAAUGCCCAAGCCGUGAUUGCUGAAAUGCCCAGUGUUCCUGAUCUUGUCGAUUGGCAUUGCGUGCUCGCGUUUUGUUCCAGUGACAAAAACGUUGAACAAGGAAGAGUGUGUGCCAUGUCUGUUCUUGAGAUGGAACCAUACAACGCUGCUGCUUACGUCUCGUUGUCAUAA